UAAAUGCAGGCUCCUCAGUCGGGACAGUCAGCAAACAGAACUCACUGCUGCAAUCCUAGCGAAAAAUAAUUAGUGGGCGAGUUCUCAUUUUCCUCAUUGCCAGGCGGAAGAGGAGGUGAUCGGCAAUGUCAGCGGGUGCCAGGAAGAAGACGGCGUGCGUGACCGGAGGUAACGGGUACAUCGCCUCGGUGCUCAUCAAGAUGCUGCUGGAGAAAGGGUACGCCGUGAAGACGACGGUCAGGAACCCCGAUGACAUGGAGAAGAGCUCCCACCUCAGGGACCUGCAGGCGCUUGGCCCCCUGGAAGUCCUCGGCGCCGACCUGGACAAAGAAGGCAGUUUCGACGACGCCGUCGCCGGCUGCGACUACGCCUUCCUCGUCGCCGCUCCAGUGAACCUCCAUUCGAAGAAUCCUGAGGAAGAAUUGAUCGAGCCUGCUGUCCGAGGAACCCUGAACGUCAUGAGGUCGUGCGCCAAGGCAGGGACAGUGAAGCGCGUGGUUCUGACCUCGUCGGCGGCCGCAGUCUCCGGCAGGCCGUUGCAAGGCAGCGGGCACGUUCUGGACGAGGAGUCCUGGUCCGACGUCGAGUACCUCACUGCCAACAAAUCCGGUCCCUGGGGGUACCCCGUCUCCAAGGUGCUCUCGGAGAAGGCGGCGUGCAGGUUCGCGGAGGAGCACGGCAUCAGCCUCGUCACCGUCUGCCCCGUCCUCACCGUCGGCGCGGCGCCGGCACCAAAGAUCCACACGAGCGUCCCUGCCAGCCUCUCCCUGCUAUCCGGCGACGAAGCAGCGUUCGGCGUGCUGAAAGGCAUCGAGAUGGCCACGGGCUGCGUGUCGCUCGUUCACGUUGCCGACCUGUGCCGUGCCGAGGUGUUCGUCGCCGAGGAAGACGCCGCCGCCGGGAGGUACGUCUGCUGCAGCGUCAACACCACCAUCGUCGAGCUCGCCCGUUUCCUGGCGGACAAGUACCCGCAGUACACCGUGAAGACGGACCUGCUCUCCACCGGCGAGGUCCUUGAGAAGCGGAGAGUGAGCCUGUCGUCGGCGAGGCUGGUCAGUGAAGGGUUCGAGUUCGAAUACGAGACGCUGGGCAAGAUCUACGGCGACGUGGUGGAGCACGGCAAGGCCCUGGGGAUUCUGCCCAACUGAUACUUUCUAUGCGUUGUCUUCCAUCUACCAUCUGUGACCGGAUCAAGCGAUCGAGAGCACCAAAUAAAAUUACAAUGAAGUUGGGAAAUAAAUUUUCUGUGUCUCUGUACCUAUACGCUAGCUGAACUGUAGAGGUUCCGGUCAGUUGGCUCUGCGUUUCUGUGUUCCUGUAUUUCUAAAGGCAAUAACUCGUGGAACAAAAACUU